CUACCGUGUACGAUCUCUGAUAAUCUUGCCAACGUCGCGACGCGUGUUCGAUGACACGCAUGCUGACGCAUGCAAAUGCGUGAUCUCGGCGUCUCAGGGCGUGUACGCAUCGCGGACGAAACAUGAUAACUUUGGCAAUCGUCGAAUAUUAAUUAGGUCGAUUCGUCAUCGUCACAGCUGACACGCGAUCGCGUCGAAAAAACAAUCGUCGGACCGUCGCGGAUGAGCGCCGUCGUCCCUUGCAUACGUGGCAGAGGCCGGCCGCCAAUCGGAGGAGCCGCCGGCCGAUAGGCGUGGCUUGCGGCGCCUAGUACAGCUCGGCUCUACGUCCGGCCGCCAUAACGCCCCGAGGUAUCGAGUCGCGCGCGUGUGAUUCUCGCUCCGAGUCGUGCUCGCUCGCUCGUUCGUCUCGCGAUUAGCCGUGCAUCCGCAACGAGAGGAUCGUAACGCGCGUUAUUCCAGCCGACGAUCGUCCCCGUCCGUGCAACGUGUCAUCCAGCGCGUAUCACUGCGUGCUCUGGAAUCUACGAGAAUAAACAGCCUCGAUAAGACAGUCAAAAAUGGACAUCCAGACAGGCCUUGUGUAUGUUGGUGUUGUUGUCAUCUCAGCUGCAGUUAUUGCUCUUAUAUCAAUGUAUGGUAUAAAAGAGAAAUCCUAUGAAGAAGCAAUCGCCGAACAGAGGAAGCUUCCUGAUGAUCUAUUAUCAAAUAAAAAGGAUAGAAACAAAGAAAAGAAACAUAAGAAUAAGGCAGGGAAAAAAGCAAAAGAGAAGAAAGAAGAGAAAGAUGACAAGGAUGAUAAGGAUGAAAGAACAGAACAUGUACAAUUUGAAGAAACUCCCCAAAUACUGCCUCCUGAACCACCAGUACAAGAAAAUAAUAAAGGCAAUAAGAAGAAAGGAAAACUUGAAAAGAUAAAACCAAUUCUCGUAAAUAAAGACGAGCCAUUGGUCAUUGUGACUGAAUUGAAUCCCUCACAACCUCCCUUGGCAGAGGCUAAUCAUUUUGACCUCAUUCAUCCAAAGGAUGACCUUGAACUCGUACGAAGUCAAAGUAGAGAGAAUCUUCAACAGAUUGCUCAAACGGAGACAGCAGAGAAAGCCAAUAAAUCACCAAAGGAUACGCCAACCAAAUUGAAGAAAAAUAACAAGGAUACUGUAAAAAAAAAAGAUGAAAACACUAAAGAUGAGAAGCAUGAUUCUAACGCCCAUCCUAAUGCAUUCUCUACUAAUAAAGAAGCUGUAAAAGAAAUAAAGGAGCAGCAGAAAGAGACUCCAGUUAAAGAAGUAAGGGAAGUUGUUAAAGAAGCCGUAGUUCAGCAAUUAUCAAACAAGGAACCCAAAAAGAUGAAAAGAAAGAAUGAUAUUUUAUCUCAAAUUGAUGGAGAUGCUGUUAAUGUUGAAUUAUUGAUGUUGUGUAUCCAGAAAGCUGAACUUAGUCGAUCUGAAAUACAAAUACUCACUAAUCAACUCUUAAAUAAGCAGCAAGAUAAUCCAUUAGAGCAUUCUGAAUGGACGGAAGGUCGCGCUGAUCCUGUUAUUAAGCUGAAAAAACAAUUGGCAGAGAAGGAAAAAGCCUUAGCUGACGAACAUGAAGCGAGCGUGGGUGUCCAAAAUAAAUUAAAGGAAUUGCGAGCUGAGUUUAAUUCCGAGAGAUCUAGAUUUUUAGCGAACAUUAAACAGCUAGAAGAAUCGUUGAACACCAAAGUUACAGAGGCUCAGACAUUGCAUACUCGAAUGCAACAUAUUUUGGAAAGUCAUGCCGCGGAGAAGCAAGGUUUUUCUAGGCAACUUGAGCAACUGCAGGCUAAAGUGACUGAAGAUGCCGCUAUUAUUCAUAAAUUACAAGAAGAUCAAGGACAAACUCAAGGCCACCUACAACAAGAGUUGAUGGCACAGCGUAAGCAAAUGGAAGUGCAGUUUACUCAGAUGCGCGACAACGAAAAUGCAUUGAAGACUCAGUUGACCCAGAAACAUGUGGAAGUGCAGGAAUUGCAAAACGAACUGCAAGCGACUUGUGAAAGCAGUACUGCAGAGAUAGAAAUGUUACGUCAACAAAUAGGUAUUAUGCAAGGCCAAUUGAUGCACUCAGAAGGACAAUUACAACACUUUAAGGAAACAAGCGAUCGGUUACAAGACGUUGCCAGGCAACUUGAGGAAUCUCAUCGUGCGAAUGCUGACUUGGAUCAUAGAUUGAAAAGUGCGCAUCGACAUGAACAGGAAUUGCAGAAACAAGCAAAUUCGCUGCAGGCCGAACUCAAUCUCGCGAAAAGUGAAGCCAAUGAAGCACCUACUUUAAAACUGGAACUUAACAAGACUCAGGCUGAAUUGAUAAAAUUAAAGUCAGAAUUGUCGGUUUCAUUGAAUGAAGCGAAAUCAGAAGCAGCUGAAAUAUCAGCCUUAAAAACCGCAUUGAAUAACAAGGAGGACGAACUGAAAAAAUCUCAGGACAAACUCAAUGCCGUACUGAAUGAUUUGCAACAAUCCAACGUGCAAGUCACGCAUACGGAAUCCAAAUUCAAUUCUAUGCAGGAGGAAAUAGAAAUGAUAAAGCUUGAUUUUGACAUCACAGAACAUAAUUUGAAAGAAGCGAAAAACAACGCGAACAAAUAUCAAAAUGAGGUGCAAAGAAUACAAGAAGUAUUGGCAGGCGUACAGGCGGAAUUGACUAACGCUCAUGCUCAAAUUAAAGAAACCAAUGGAAUAACAAGCGAAUUGAAAGCUUUACAAAUUGAAGUCAAUAGACUACAGAACAGCGAGAAAAAGGCGGCAGACGCACAAUUUCGAAUUAUGACACUAGAGGAAGAAAACGAUAGAUUACAUAUUGAGCUUGCAGAUAUCACAGAGAAACAAAAAGAACUUCAACAACAACAUGAACAAGAAAAAAUCCUUAAAAAUAUAUUAGCCGUUACUACCGAGCCUCCACAUGUUAAUUCAGAAGAGAAAGCUUUACUGGAGUCAUUAAAAACUGAGUUAACGCACAAGAAGGAAGAACUCAAUAAAGUGAAUGAACAGAUACAUUUAUUAGAAAGUGAUGCAAACAAACACCAACAUUCUAUUAGCCAACUAGAAGAAGCCUUAGAAGUCCAGAAAUCCAAAAAUAAUGAAUUACGUACAAAGAACUGGAAAGUGAUGGAAGCUCUUUCUGCUGCUGAAUUGCGUGCCAAAUCCAAUGAUGAAAAAAGAAUCGAAGAAGCAACGCAAAAAGUAAAAGAAGAACAAGAAGAAAUAACUAAAACUCUUCUACAGAGGAUAUUCCCAGAAAUUAAAGUGUCUGAGAAAGCACAUGAGCAAUGGCUCAAAGUUUUCGAAGAUAAAGUAGGUGCUAUUCUGAAUGAAUUAAAACAGAAAAACACAGAUCAAGCAAAACCAGAUUUGGAAAGACAAAAUAAAAAUUUACAAAACAUGGUUUCACAUUAUAAACAAAUUAUUGACGAUACGGAAGGUAUGCUUAACAAACUACAGAAUUAUGUAGAAUCUGAAGAAACAAGAUGGCAGUCGCAACUUCAGCAGAAGGAGAAUGAAGUGACGAAUCUUAGAGUAGAACUUAACAAUUUGCAAACCAAAUUAAUAUCAAACGAAGCGAUCAAGCAGAGAGUGAAAGAGUUGGAAGAUCAUAUAGAACAAAAUCGCACUGAAAUAUUACUUAAAACCGAGCAAGAAACUACAUCUAUUGGGGAAUUAGAUGGUCAUGAAUUGGCCACUUUAGAACAAUUACAAGAGGAGAAAGCACGGUUAUCGCAGGAACUGGAAGUAGAAUGCAAUAAAAGGGCGACGUUAGAUGCCGAAGUUACGAAAUUACGUUCCCUUGUUGAAACUAGUGAAGCGAGUUUAGCAUAUGAGAAAGGUCUUGUCACUCAGCUUCAACAGGAAAUGUCCCAACUUAAGAACGAAAUUUGCGGCGGCUGUAGCAGCUCAGAACAGUCUAUGCUGAACGGCCCACCUACAUCAGAUUCUCUUCAAUCCAAGCCUCCUCUAGACUCUGAAGCUCUGAUAGCUGUAUUAGAAAAUACUCUGCUCAAGAAUACAGAGUUUGCAAACUGUUCCAUAACCAAGCCUGUCAAUUUGGUCAGUCAGUCUGAACAAGAAAUUGAGAACAACCCCCUUACUACAAAAUACUCCUCCAAAUCUUGUCAUAUGACAGAUCACACACAGUCUAAUUGGAAUCCAUUGAUUGGCCAGCAACAUAAAAAGCACAAGAAAAAGAGGAAGUCCACUAAGAAAACCAUGGCAAAACGGCGCAGAUUCGCAGGGUGGUUCAGGAAAAAAAUAACUUCGAAAAAUAAACUGCGCUAGUGCAGUGCGAGUACUGACGGUUAAAAAGAUGGGAUGCGGCACUGCUAUAUAGGUAUAAAUAGCAUACUUUGCUACUCAGAAGACUAAAUAUGAAAAUAUUACGGAUAAUGUUUAUUGUAAAAAAAUACAAAAUAUCAUAUUUUAUUAUGUGGAGAAAACUAUAGAUAAUUAAACUCGUAGUGAUUAUAAAUGGAAAAUCUUGAGAUACUGGCGCAUGUGAUGGUUAUAUAAUUUAUAGUUAUAAAUAGCUAUACAAUAAUACACACAAAUGUAAAGAUUGUCAAAAUUGUGCGUUACGAAUUGCCGAUAUUAAUUGUUUAUAGAGAGAAAGAGAGAGAGAUUCUAUAAACUGUAACAACUAAUAAAUUUUAAUUCUGUUAUGCGAGACGCAUAAGAACAUAACACUCAUAGAAUGUUCUUACAAUUCGAGAAAAAUUGUAUAAAAUUGAUUAAUUAAUAUAAUUCCAUGACUUCAUAUUGCAUAUUAUGAUAUUGAUUUUGAUAUUAUUUCUGAGUCACGUACUCUGAUCAGUCUUUGACGAAUUUUUUUUCUUCUUUUAUUAUUAGACGUAUAUAUGGACCA